AUGGCGGGCACCAUUCAAACCCUAAUGCUGGCACCUCCUUCUCCGCAAACGCCAAGGCUUCUGUUCCGCCAUUGGGCACCAAGUCCACCCGCAGUUCGUCCCCGAAGUUGCUCCAAUCCUUCACUAUCUUUCAAUCACAGCUGCUCAGUUCGUGUUCCUACCAUAAUCAGAGCCUGCAAACCAUCGAAUCAGGCUGGUGGUAGUGGAAAUGAGGCUGCAAGGAGUUCUGAUUCGGCUAAGGAGGCCGGGUGGCGGAAGCCGUUGCUCAGUUUUGUGGGGAAUAAUUUUCUGCCAUUGGCUCUUGUGGGUGGAGUAGUGCUUGGACUUGCAAAUCCCAGUCUUGGCUGUCUCGCUGAUCGAUAUAAACUGUCGAAAUUUAGCACAUUUGUGAUAUUCAUUAUCUCCGGUAUGACGUUGCGUAAUGGGGACAUUGGCGCUGCUGCUGAAGCAUGGCCAGUGGGAGUUCUUGGGCUUUUCUCCAUCUUAAUAUUUACUCCAUGUUUUUCAAGGGCAAUUGUUCAAAUUCAUCUCCAGCCUCAGGAGUUUGUGUCAGGGUUAGCCAUAUUUUGCUGCAUGCCAACCACAUUAUCCAGUGGAGUGGCGCUGACGCAGCUUGCUGGGGGUAAUUCAGCUCUGGCUCUUGCAAUGACAGUGAUAUCAAGCCUUUUGGGAAUUUUGAUGGUUCCAUUUUCUAUCGCCAAGUAUGUAGCCACUGGAGUGGGUGUAACUGUUCCAACCAAGGAACUGUUUAGAAGUCUAGUCACUACACUUCUAAUACCACUAAUCUUGGGCAAGAUUUUUCGGGAGUCCUUCAAAGGCUUGGCAGACUUUGUUGAUCAAAACCGCCGGCUCUUUUCGAGGAUAUCAGCUGUUCUUCUAAGUUUAGUUCCGUGGAUACAAGUGAGCAGGUCAAGGUCACUGUUGCUUAUGGUGAAGCCUGCAGUUUUCUUGGUGGCAGUUGGAAUGGGGAUAAUUCUGCACCUCGUCCUGUUAGCCUUCAAUGCUAUCUCCAUAAACAGCCUCGCCGCUCUUUCUGGUGGCGACCAAUCAGUUUUCUCUAAGAAAGAAAAUGCUACUGCUUUUCUGCUCGUUGCGAGCCAGAAAACGCUUCCUGUACUGGUGGCUGUAGUAGAACAGCUCGGUGGUGCAUUUGGCGAAUCCGGACUGCUGGUUCUUCCAUGUGUUGCCGCCCAUUUAGUUCAGAUUAUCAUUGACUCUGUUCUCGUUAAUGGAUGGCUUCGUAAAGAUGCUGCUCCCAAAACGUCGAGGUAG